AGGAAGAGGGGCAGCGGGAGGAGGGCGUGUGUGACAAUAAGUUAGUGAGAAAAGGGAACAAGAUUUGUUUUUCAAUUUUAUUUGACAUGAUGUUGGAUCGGAUCAUGAUGUUGACAAUAAGUCUCCCGCUUCUUUUGCUCUUUCACUCCACUGAUUCGAUGCUGCUGGGGUGGGUCGAGUCGCCCGGGUACCCCACCGGAUACCCGCCUCAUGCCAGUUUCAACUGGAGCCGCUGUGCUCCCGAAGGCCACAGCCUGUCCGUCAAGCUCAUCCACAUGGACAUAGAGGACAGCUGGGACUGUGAAAACGAUGCAAUAAAGGUGUACUCGAAUGGCAACCUAAUUUCCGUUUUGUGUGGUAAAAUGGGGUUUGAAGAGCUUCAGGCUACGGUCAAUCCCUCCCUCCUCUCCGCGCCCGGCGGCUGCCUCUCCCUGUCGUUCCACUCUGACUAUUCAAACACUGAGAGGCACACUGGCUUCAGAGGGUUUUACACCAUCAAAGAUUUUGACGAAUGCGAAGACGACCCAAACAACCAGUGCACCCAGUUCUGUCACAACUUCGUGGGAGGGUACCACUGCACCUGUCGCCACGGUUACCACCUGGCCAAAGACAAGCACACUUGCACCGUGAGCUGUUCUGAGGAUCUGUCUGGACUGAACCAAGGCGACGUCUCCAGCCCCCUGUGGCCUCGACCGUAUGCAGAGAGCGCCAACUGCCGGUACAGUCUCUCCGUGGAGGCUCACCUCCAGCUGGAGCUGCACUUCUCCGAUGACUUUGAUGUGGAACAAAGCCCUGAUGGUCAAUGCAUCGAUGCACUGAGGAUUGAAACUCCCUCUGGGAUUCUCGGGCCGUUCUGUGGACAGACACCACCUCCGUCUCCCUUCCUUACUCACUCAAAUGACGUCAAAAUCCACUUCACCUCCGACAACUUUGGCACCAACAAAGGCUUCAGCCUGCGCUUCCAGACCAGAGAUAAGGUCUGUCCAGCGGUGGUGACUCAACACUCCACCGUCACCCCUCAGAAAGCUCAGUACGAUCGUGGACAAACAGUGACAGUAAAGUGUGAAGUUGGAUACAUCGCACUGACACAUGAGAUCCACACCUUGUCAUCGCAGUAUGAGGCGACGUGCCAGAGCACAGGCUCAUGGGCGCCCAGUUACUCCUGUGAACCUGUAAACUGUGGCUUUCCUAAUAUUCCAACUGAUGGCAUCCUUCAGCUGGUGGACUCCGAAAACCAGCAGACUCAGUAUAAGGACCAGAUCCAGUUUCACUGCACCUCAGAGUACUACACACUGGAAGGAGACGACAAAUACACCUGCACUGCCAGUGGCGAGUGGGUAUCAGAUGGUGGUGAAACAAAGAUGCCAAAAUGCAUUGAAGUGUGCGGUCAGCCUGAAAAAUCCAUUUCAAGUGCGGGCAGAAUUUUGGGAGGACAAAAUGCAAACCGGGGCGAAAUACCUUGGCAUCUGCUGAUCAAAAAUCCAAGAGGAGGCGCAUCUCUGAUCAAUGAUCGAUGGGCAGUCACAGCAGCUCAUGUUGUGGAUGGGGCUGACGAAACCUCUUUGCGGCUUUUUGGUGGACUGGUGGAUGGAAGAAAAUCAGGCGGGUCCGGUGUGUCUGUCUUGAAGAGUGAGAGGAUCAUAAUUCACCCGGGAUAUAGCAGGCACAUUUCUGGCGACGCUCGCGAUAAUUUUGAUAACGACAUCGCUCUUAUAAAAUUCACUUCGAGAGUUACCUUUGGGCCAAACCUCCUUCCUAUUUGUCUGCCAGGCGUCAACGGGGCUGUGAGUGAAAAUGAAAUUGGCACGGUGUCAGGCUGGGGUAUGACAGAGAAUCUCAACAAGUCACCUAUGUUAAAAUACGCACAUCUGGGGGUCUAUCCUGUCAAUACCUGCAGAGACACACCCACCCUGCCACCGAACAAAGCAAUGAUCUUCACUGAUAACAUGUUCUGUGCUGGAGCAGCGGGGGCAGACAGCUGCAAAGGGGACAGCGGGGGGCCGUUUGUUCUGCCUUCCUUGACUGUGGGCAGCGGGCCUUAUUAUCUGGCCGGCAUUGUCUCCUGGGGGCAACAGUGCCGACGCCAAGAGAACAAGGGUUACUACACCAAGGUGGAGAAUUACGUAGACUGGAUUAAAGAAACUAUAGAAACAACAAAUUGAUCGCAGUAACAAACACGAUGAAGGUGGAAAAAUGUCCAGCAAAGCACAUCACAACACACUCCAGGACUGAUUUCUGAGCUAAAUCCAGAAGAUAAUUAAGACUUCUACUCCAAUAUGCCAGGAUUAUUGACCCAAUAACUGUUACAUUUUUUUUUUAUUUUACUGAUCAAUUUUAUAUUAAAGAAAAUGCAAAUCAGCUGCCAUUUCAUGAUCAAUAUUUCAGGUGUAAAUGAAUUUAUGCUUUUAUAUACCGUUAUGAACUGUUAACUUGAGUGCUUAUUUGAUAUAGUGACACAUUCUCAGCAGUGAUUCGCUGUUUUAAAACUGAGGGCUACUUCAAUUGUGCCACUUAACCUGAAUAACUGCAGUUGUAUGAUUCACUCUUAAUGACAAUAUAAAUAAAGAAUGUUUAACAAUGGUUUACUAAAGAGGGAAAGAAACAGGCUUUAUUAAAAAGUUAUUUGUGUCUGUUCAUGUAAAUUAGUUUGGACGUUUGAAGGGCCAUUCGUAUUUCAUGUCACAGCCAGGAUUAAAACCCAAAAUAUUCAAGUGAGAGAGCUAACCAUAUCGCACUGUGCAGCCAGGUAUAGGUGAUACAUAUUUUUUGUAAUUCAUAACACUCUGCUCAAUGUCUAAUUACAACCUAAUCAUUAAUUUUGGAAAUAAGUUAAAUUAAAUCAUAUAUAAUGGAGCUAGUAAUUUAUGUUAAACUAGAAUUUGGCACUCAGAGAGCGCAGACCUCCGCCACAGCUCAAAUCAGUCACCAACAACAAUAAGAACACCAUAUAUAAUGACAAAACAUUUUAUUUCUCCCCGACACAAACAAUAUAUGGGAGAAAGCCGUUUGUUGCAUGUUCAUAUGUCAAUGUGUUGCCUCACAGUGACUGACACUCCAAUCCCCCUUUUUUUGUCUGUUCUGGAUCCUGGUAUCCGGCGCGCGGAGCGGUGCGGCACGCGGUGCCUGCAUGCUGUGUCGGGAGCCGUGAGUGGGGUGCUGGAUGGCCCCCCCACAUUUAAUUCUGGGCCCCCAUAACCCUGGGCCCGGGACAACAGAGCCGUUUGUCCCCCCCUGUCGGCGGGCCUGCCCAACUAUGUCAAAGACUGCCCUAUCUCUCAAUGAUAAAGAAUCCUUUAAAAAAUUCCUGGAUCCAGACAGUAAUCCAGAUCAUCGCCAAAAUUUAAUAGAUUCUAAGUUAGCCCAAGGGCCACCUUUCCACAAAGUUUCAUUGCAAUCCGUCCAUAACUUUUUCCAUAAUGUUGCUAACAGACCAACAAACCGACGCGAUUACAUAACCUCCUUGGCGGAGGUAAUCACAUUGUGUAACUUCAUGCAACAACAUAAUGAAAGGUUUCAUUAAUGAAACUUCUGGGGAAAUAAAAGUUUAAGGCAUUUUAGUCUGAAAGGUGUCUUGUUAACAAGUAAAUUUAGAUUGUCCAUCCUGUCUUCCUAUCAACAAAUCUGAAAAGAAAUGUCCAACUGGAACUAAGUAGUGAUUUUUUUGGUGUAUUGCUCAAUCAAUGAUGGCAAAUAAUAAACAUUAAAAUCUAUUGAAAGUUCCCAUUUUCU